UUCCUUCCUUGGCCACGCCCCCUCCCAGUUCCCCCCCCAGUUCCAGUUCCCCGUGGCUGCUCUGGGAAGGGGUCAAAGGUCACGGAAUGGAGCGGGAAAGGCUCGGAGCACUGGUGAUACUGGGAGUUCUGACCCUGGCGAGAGGGGACCCCCCCGAUGCCACCAGUCCCUUCCAGUAUGACUGGUGUCACCUGCGCGUUGGUGGCCUCGUGGUGGCCGCGGUGCUGAGCGUGCUGGGAGUGAUCGUCCUGCUGAGUGGGAAGUGCAAGUGCCGGAGCAAGGCCAGCCGCCGCCCCCCCCCGGAGCUGCCACCUCUGCCUGGGCCAGGAGCCGCCAGCUCGUGCUGAGCUGUCCCCAAGUGUCCCCAAGUGUCCCCAAAUGUCCCCAAAUGUCCCCAAGUGUCCCCAGAUGUCCCCAAAUGUCCCCAAAUGUCCCCGAGAAGGACAAGGAAUAAAAAUGGGG